AUGAAUAGAUAUUUAAUUCGCGUCCCUCUUAGAUCAAUUUCUGAAUGGCGACCUCCUUUUCAAAUCAGUUUGACCCAAUAGGAUUAGGAUUGUCAUUAAAGAAUAGGGUUGCCUUGAAUAAGUCACACCUAAGCCUCCGGAGAAGGCAUGCUCGGCUUGGGUUGAUAUAAUGGGCUUGCCAGCAUCUUACCAGAGAUUUCUGUUCUAGCUUUCGGCCUAGUUCUUAUGCUGGAGUACAUAGUAGAACUUGACAGCUGCUCCAAAGACUAGAGGGAUAAAUUCUCUAUCUAAUAUAUGUAACAACUAUGCCUUUGCCGACCCCACUAUUCGAUUCUAGGGUCAAAACCUUUUUUAUCAGAAAAAUAUGAAGAAUAACUAAACGGACCCUGAGCUACUUUUGUUUAGGUUAACUUUUCUACCCAGUUGAGAUUUUGCUCCUUAGCCAAGGAGCUUUUCCUUAUAUCAACCUUCACUAUUUGGUCAAUGGACCUUGGGCCCCUGGAUAUGAUGGCUGGUGAGAUGAACCUACGCCAAGGCUUAUGGGAUGAAGACUGGGCAGUGAAGGCUCCGGGUCUCUAAUUGAUUCAAAAUCGGCAGAGAGGUGUAACCUCUAAGGCAAGAUGAAAGCAAGUUUGCACCUCAUCGGACUCUAGCGGAGAAGAUACAAGUUAAUUGGGUGUAGCAGCGUUGAAGACGGUUCUAUGACGAAGACAACAGGCUUGAGAUGUGAAUAUAAGCAGCCUGUGUUAUCGCUUACUGCAAGUAAUAGCGGCCUUAAUGCUCAGCCCGGCAGGGUUUUUUUCUACAAUAAAAUGGGUCUUAUGACCUCUAAAUGUAAACCUCAACCUUAAUGUCUAUCAGAAAGACUCUAAGUCUUAUUGCAGAGGAGGGAAGCAAAACCUAACCGGAACACAAAUGCCCAUAUCCUGCUCGGCCUCACUUCAAGCUGCAGCAAGUGCUAUCAAACCCUAAACAGUCCAGUUUGACCCAACAGGGAAGAAAACGAUUUACAGCACACAAAGCGCUAAUGUAAAUUUUAUUCAGACUUUUCUCAAGAUAUUUGCCCCUCUAAAUGUCGGCUUCAUAGGAAUCCAUACCUAUUUAUCAUUCACAGAAUAUUUAUAUCCUCUAGUCCCAGGUAGAUUUGGCCUCUUGAUAACCUAUGUCUCCCUUAACGCUCUAGGGGCAUUAAUGGCUUUCUCCGUCGAAUAUGUUUCAAGAAAAUUCGCCAAAACCAUAUCUCUCAAACAAAAUGGUAGGCAGCUUCUAUUGACUUUCCAUAGUGCUUUUACAGUAACAUAAAUACAGAGUUUUUAUCAUACAGAAACCAUCAAUAUUGCAGAUAUCCAAAAAAUCGAAGAAUUCUCCAGAGAGCAUUUCAAAAUAACUACAUCAGAAGGUGUCAAAUUCCUAAUAAGCCAUUCUAGGAACGAAAUCCAAGACGAGGAGUCCAAAAUUCUCUUCAAAAAAGUCUUGGCUGGGAUCACCAUUAAUACAAUAGGUACUCCUAUGCCUAAUAGAAUAAGAAGAUAUUAA